CCCAGGUUCUGUUGCUGGCCUUGCGAUCUGGGAAAAAGAACCCUUUGCAGGAUUGGCGCAUCGUUCUGUGCCUGAGCGGAAGCCGCGAAUAUGCGAUUCUCAAUAGACGGCUCAAAUGAAAAGGCGAAUGCCUACAACGACUCCAAUGGUCUCGGCGAUGGCCAGGCCCGUUACGAUCCUGACCUAGCCCAUCCUGCGGCGGGAUAUGGCGACGGCGAGGUCGCUACCCUGCCUCCUGGGGUCUCGGAGCGGAAGCUCAUUACCAAGAUCGAUCUUCGUGUUAUUCCGGUCCUUUCAGUUCUCUAUCUGCUCGCUUUUAUCGACCGGACGAACGUUGCGAAUGCCGCUAUUUUUGGCCUGCAAAAGGACCUGGGUCUGUCAAGCACUCAGUAUUCCACCGCUCUCACAAUCUUCUUCGUGCCAUAUGUGCUCUUUGAGAUUGCCAGUAACGUCAUCCUUGGAGACGCUGGAGUUCACACGAGCUUCCGGGACGAAGAACAUCAAUGGCAUCCUUGGAGACGCUGGAACGAAGAACAUCAAGAAGGUCGGCUGAGUGGAGGGGCUUGCGGGACGAAGAACAUCAAGAAGGGCAGGGCACAAAAGAAACCCUCCAACAACGAGAAAUAA